UGGGAAACUGUUUUAGAUGCUAUUUGUACAGAAAAUGUGUAUAAAACCUGUGUAAAUUGUAGGACAAUAUGUUAGGUUGACUAUAAUGCCAUAAUACAGUUUGAUACAUCACAUGCCUUAAUUUUCCUGAGUUAUUAAAAAGCAGGAAAUGCAUCACCUAUGCCUCUACUGCCAUUAAUUCCAAUUAGACUGGUUUUGGAUUUCUCCCUGACCAUUUUGGCUGCCAAUAUGUAACUUUGAGGGUUUAUGGCAUAGCCCCUCUAGUAAUUUCAUAGGAUCGCAGUGCUACUGCAAUAUUACUAUUGUCUUUCUGGGCCAAACUAAAUCCUUGUCUGCUUGUUGUUUCUUUUGUUACCUAAUACUUGUAUGUUUAGGGUUGGAGGCACACAAUGCAUCAUGGUUUAGAGAUCAGUUUACAAAGGCACACCUCAUUCGUAUCGUGGCAAGGAAACAAAUCAUGAAGCGGCUUACAUUUCAACAUUUACAUGUUGAAAACGAACAUUAUUUUGUCAUCCAGAGUCACAUUUAUUUUCCAAGCUAUAGCACACAAUUUUACAGACAGCAGGUUUUUAAAGGACCAACUUGUUUGUUCUGCUUCGUGUUUUCAUUUUUGUCAUGCCCACCCCAGAAAAUCACAAUACUGGUAUUGUCAAAGCCCUACAGUUUACAGUGCUGGUGUGUAUUUGCUGAGGGAGGGGCUAUAAUGUAACUUACAUACUAUAAUUUGGACUUAAAUACACAUUGCUGUAAUGGUAGUCCUAUUUUUGCAUUGAUUAAGCUGCUGUUUGGCAAAGUUAAACCCUCGCCUUGUUCACUGUAUUGUUACUGUUGUUCACGAAAGAGGACAUUAAUAAUUUCUCUGUGUUCAUACACCUCAGUGGUCUAAAGUUGAGUAGUCCAUAGUGUGAAUGCAAAAAAAUAAUGGAAGUGAUUGGCAGUGCACUUAUUACCUCUAAUUAGGUAAUAAGUCAGUGCAAUCACAUUUUAUUGAUACAAGUAGAGGUGAAGUAAGCCAAAACUGCCUCCUUCAGAGUGCACGCACAGCCUCACGCGCCUGGGGAAUUUACUAAAUGUUCCAGCCGGGCCCAGUAGUGACCUUUGUUUUCUUCUCCUGGCCCCUCCACCUCUCCGUGAGUAGCUUCUCCUGUGCUGUCAUGCUUUCCCCGCCUUCCACGCACUUAUCUUAUCAGUGACUGAGGUUUGGCCUGAGCUUUGCUCACAGCUCAGCAGAUAGGUCAAUGUGAAUGUUGGUACAAAGAAUCUGGACUUAGUCAAUGAAUUUCAUUCAUCGUUGUUUUUCCAUGUCUUCUGAGAACCUCUGACCGCCCCCUGGCACCAAGUGACGUAAACAGAUUCUUCUCCAUUCAAGGAUUUUGUGGUUAGAUCAGUUGAUAGCUGUUUAAUUCUCUAUGGUUAAGUUUGAAUGGAAUGCCCCGGCUUGAGGACAAAAGCAUAUUUCCCAUUUCUAUCGGCGACUCACACUGCUCCUAGUUGUGAAUGAUUAGCAUUCCUGAACUAUAUUACAUUUUUGGGAAGAUUUUUAUAAACUAUACAAAACAUACAAACGACAACAUCAUACAAACAUUAACGACAUCACACCUGCCCAGACCAGGGUGUCUGUGGGUCCUUAAAGUCUUAAGGCUUUUCAUUUAGAUAAAUUAUUUUAAGUCUUAAAUACAUUUUUAAAAGGUCUUAAAAAAUAAAGUAGACUGGGAUAUUGACUACUUUUUAUUACGUUCCAUUUGCGUUGAACAGAGGUGAUGUAAAGAAUGGGUGAUAGGAUUGUGAUUUGUGAUUUACUUCAAUGGAAGGAACUCAUUUUAGCUUGAGUCACACGCAGGGCGGAACCACACUAACACGGAACCCAAACCGGCUGCGCGCGCGCCAACGUGCAUAAAUGUAUUUUGUCCCCCCACACCAAACGUGAUCACGACACGCAGAUUAAAAUAUCAAAACAAACUCUGAACCAAAUAUAUUAAUUUGGGAACUGGUCGAAAAGCAUUAAACAUUUAUGGCAAUUUUUAGCUAGUUUGCUUGCAUUUGCUAGAUAAUUUGUCCUAUUUAGCUAGCUUUCUGUUGCUAGCUAAUUUGUCCUGGGAUUAUAAACAUUCAGUUGUUAUUUUACCUGAAAUGCACAAGGCCCUCUACUGCGCCAAUUAAUCUACACACAAAAUGGUAAACCAAAUCGUUUCUAGUCAUCUCUCUUCCUUCCAGGCUUUUUCUUCUCUGGACUUUAUAUUGCAAUUGGCAACUUUCAUAAAUUAGGUGCAUUACCUCGUUCGUCUUUCAGUCACCCACAUGGGUAUAACCAAUGAGGAGAUGGCACGUGGGUACCUGCUUCUAUAAACCAAUGAGGAGAUGGGAGAGGUGACGGGACUUGCAGCGCAAUCUGCGUUACAAAUAGAAAUUACUUCUAUUUUAGCACUUGGCAACGAAGACACAGUGAGUCACUCAUGACUGUUGGCAUAUUUUCUUUCAACACGGCAUGUGCAUUAAUCUGUUAGCUAGCAGAGAUUGGCUGUGGUGAAGUGGUAACGGAAGUCGACAUGAAACUACGGUAGACGACUAACGUUACAGGCUGACUACACCACUCGCAUUGCUCUCAACCCCUGGAACAGUCGUUUUGACACAGAAACAGCUCAGCAAGAUCAGCUCAUCUUGGGUCAAACUGCGGUUCUUCAUGGUUGUCUCCAGGACUUUCAGCCCCUUUUUGACCAAGUACCAGAUUGACGAGCCAGUGAUGCCACUCUACUACAAAGAGUUGAUAAUGUCUGCUUAGGCGUUCUGUCAAGAGGGAGCUCCUCCAGGACAGAUGAUCAGACUGGGUGUCGCUGACCAAAAUAAUUGGGCCCACCCGAAGGAAGUUGACAUAGGCUUGGGUGCCGAGUCAGUCCUCAAGGUAAUGUGAGAAUUUAAAGUAUUACUUUCUAUCAAAUUAUGGUGAGGAUAGUUUUCUAUUGUAUUAAGUCAUUCAGCGCAAAUUACGGCCCACUGUCCUUGGAGAAAAAACAGUGUAAGGAGAACUCACUGUCCUAGAGUUUAGGAGGGACUGCAUGAAGGCUAUGUCAAACAUCCAAAAGAAAGUACAGGACAAGAGCCCCCUGAAAUACUCCACCAUAAGACGGAUGGUGUGUUUGGAAAUAUACUGUGACCCAGACUGGUGUCAGGUAAGGAUGAGCAGUCUUGUGCAUAAGUUUCUGCUCGACAAGCAGUUGUCAGGAGAUGUCUUUGCUGGUAGUAACAGUUUAAUAGAAUAGUUCUGGAAGAGGUUUUGUUCUGGAUUUAUUACCAAAUGUAUACACAACUAUAACUUAUGUCUGAUGUAAUAUGAUUCAUCUAAAUAAUAGUUUUCACUUAUUUCUUUUCAACUGUUUUAUUACAGGUGAUGUGGGAACUUCCUAUCCCUUGAGGACAAAAAGCACCUUCUACUCGAGAGACUAGUUUUAUUGAGAAGAUGAAGAAAACAGGUAGGAACAUUGUGGUAUUCUACGGCUCUCAGACGGGCACGGGCGAGGAGUUUGCCAACCGGCUGUCCAAAGACGCGCAGCGCUACGGUAUGAAGGGUAUGGCAGCCGACCCCGAGGAAUACGACAUGUGUGAGCUGUCCCGUCUGGCUGAGAUUGACAACUCCCUGGCCAUCUUCUGCAUGGCCACGUACGGAGAGGGAGACCCCACGGACAAUGCCCAGGACUUCUAUGACUGGCUGCAGGAGUGUGACGGGGAACUGAAUGGAGUCAACUACACCGUGUUUGCGUUGGGUAACAAGACAUAUGAACACUACAAUGCCAUGGGUGCGUAUGUGGACAAGAGGCUGGAGGAGCUGGGAGCCAAGAGGGUCUUCGACCUGGGCAUGGGAGAUGACGACGGCAACCUGGAGGAGGACUUUGUGACAUGGAGGGAGCAGUUCUGGCCAGCCAUGUGCGAGCACUUUGGAGUGGAGGCUUCAGGAGAGGACUCCAGCAUUCGUCAGUACGCGCUCGAGGAGCACAAUGACAUCAACAUGAACAAGGUCUACACAGGAGAGUUUGGGUGUCUGAAGAGCUUUGAGACCCAGAAACCGCCUUUUGAUGCAAAAAACCCCUUCCUGGCUCCAGUCAUUGUUAACCGCAAGCUCAACAAAGCAGGCAACAGGCAUCUCAUGCACCUUGAAGUCGACAUUACAGGCUCCAAGAUUAGAUAUGAGUCGGGAGACCACGUUGCCGUAUAUCCCACCAAUGACACAGCAAUCGUGAACAAGCUGGGACAGAUCCUUGGCGUGGACCUUGAUACGGUUAUUUCUCUCAAUAACCUUGAUGAGGAGUCCAAUAAGAAGCACCCAUUCCCUUGCCCCACCACCUACCGUACGGCUCUGACCCACUACCUGGACAUCAUCCAUCCGCCUCGCACCAACGUCCUGUAUGAGCUGGCCCAGUACGCCACUGACCCCAAGGACCAGGAGAACAUGCGCAAGAUGGCCUCAUCUGCUCCCGAGGGCAAGGCUCUGUACCAGAGUUUUGUGCUGGAAGACAACAGGAACAUCCUGGCCAUCCUGGAGGAUCUGCCAUCCUUGCGGCCUCCCAUCGACCACUUGUGCGAGCUCAUGCCCCGCCUGCAGGCCCGCUACUACUCCAUUGCCUCCUCCUCCAAAGUCCACCCCAAUAGCAUCCACAUCUGUGCUGUGCUGGUGGAGUACACGACUAAAACGGGGCGCCUCACCAAGGGAGUGGCCACCACUUGGCUGAAGAACAAACUGGUUGCGGACAACGGCCACAAGUCCACAGUCCCCAUGUACAUCCGCAAGUCUCAGUUCCGCCUGCCCUUCAAGGCCAGCAACCCAGUCAUCAUGGUCGGUCCUGGGACCGGCAUCGCUCCCUUCAUGGGCUUCAUCCAGGAGCGAGGGUGGCUCAAAGAGCAAGGCAAGGAGGUGGGGGAGACGGUCUUGUACUUUGGCUGCAGGCACAAGAACGAAGACUAUCUGUACCAGGAGGAUUUGGAGGAGGCUGAAAAGACGGGUGUCAUCACGAAGCUCAACGUCGCUUUCUCUCGGGACCAAGAGCAAAAGGUGUACGUGCAGCAUCUCCUGAGGACCAACAAGGAGGACCUGUGGAGGCAGAUCCACACAGACAACGCACACAUAUACAUCUGCGGGGAUGCGCGGAACAUGGCCAGGGAUGUGCAGACAGCUUUCUAUGAGAUAGCAGAGGAGCUGGGCGGCAUGACACGCACUCAGGCCACCGACUACAUCAAGAAACUGAUGACCAAGGGACGUUACUCGCAGGACGUCUGGAGCUAAAACCCCUAGGAUGCAACCACAUCCUAUGUUUGUUUGUUUUUAAACUUGCAUUGUUGUUUGUGUCAGUAAUGGUUAUAAUGGGUCACCAACCCUGGCACUGGAGAGCUUCCGGGUGUGCCGGCUUUUGUUUCCGCCAAGCACUAAAAUGUCUGAUUCUAUUGAUUGGCUUAUCAUCAUGACCUUGAUUAGUUCAGAUGGGUGUGUUUGUGCCGUGCUGGAAUAAAAGCCUACACACCCUGUAGCUCUCUGGGACCAGGAUUUGUGACCACUGGGGAAGGAUAUCGCUGCCGUCAUCUCUGGUUGUUUUAUUUCCAUGGAGCAACACAAGCACUCUUGCACCACAAUAAUGGUUGGUUAUCCUCCAUUCUGAUUGGACAUUUUAUGUCAGUCGGCCAUCAGUUUGGCAGUGUCAAAUGUAGUAUCACAUUUGUCGACAUCGUGAGUGAGAUAAUAUAUUAUAGCUGUACAUAAUUGUACGGUGCAAAGUGGGGGGGUGGGCUUAUAUACAAAACUCAUACAGUGCAAGUCUUUUCUUUAGGAAGUUGACCUACCUAAUCUGGGUAUUAAAAGUGUAUUCAGAAUACAUUAUAAAUAUUUUUGAUUUGAAAUAAAAGGUGAGAUCUUUUUGUCUCCGAAAUCAGUAACUGAAAAUAUUAGUGUUUGUUUACCUUUUGCAUUUGGAUAAGGGAUAUAUAGCCUUUUAUGCAAUGAGGAUGUUACUGUGCACUUCUAAUCAAUCACAGUAACCUUUAGCAAGGCAUGAAAAAAGUAUAAUGUUGUAAAUAAGUAGUCAAUCCCUCUAUUGAGGAGAAAUUAUUAGCUUUUAUUUUCCACAAGACUGCCUUUGUUAAAUAUAAAUAUCAAUGAAAAUGAUUUUUAGGUUCCCUGUAGAAUUUGUAUACAUUAUGCAAAAAUUACCUAUUUUUUUUCAUUUUACCUUUAUUUAACCAGGUAGGCCAGUUCUCAUUUACAACUGCCACCUGGCCAAGAUAAAGCAAAGCAGUGCGACAAAAACACAGUUACACAUAAACGUACAGUCAAUAACACAAUAGAAAUAUCUAUGUACCGUGUGUGCAAAUGUAGAAGAGUAAGGACGUAAGGCAAUAAAUAGGCCAUAGAGGUGAAAUAAUUACAAGUACAAUUUAUCACUAACACUGGAGUGAUUGAUGUGCAAGUAGAGAUACAAAAUAGCAAUAGGGUAAGUAAUAAUAUGGGGAUGAGGUAGUUGGGUGUGCUAUUUACAGAUUGGCUGUGUGCAGGUACAGUGAUCAGUAAGCUGCUCUGACAGCUGAUGUAUAAAGUUUGAGAGGGAGAUCAGCUUCAGUGAUUUUUGCAAUUCGUUCCAGUCAUUGGCAUUAGAGAACUGGAAGGAAAGGCGGCCAAAGGAAGUGUUGGGUUUGGGGAUGACCAGUGAAAUAUACCUGUUGGAACGCGUUCUAGGGGUGGGUGCUGCUAUGGUGACCAGUAAGCUGAGAUAAGGUGGGGCUUUACAAAGACUUAUAGAUGACCUGGAGCCAGUGGGUUUGGCGACGAAUAUGUCGUGGCCAGCCAACGAAAGCAUACCAGUCGCAGUGAUGGGUAGUAUAUGGGGCUUUGGUGACAACAAAUGGCAAUGCAAUGCAAAUGGUUGACAUAGAAAAAACAAGUAAGCCUGAAAGCCUAAAUACUCGGCAUUAUCCAGUUUACGAUGAAACAAAAACUGAAUACGUAGUAGCAAGCAUUCAAAUAUACAUGUUUUUUUUAUCAUUGCAAACCUAGCACUGUGCCCUGAGAAUGUAGAUUUCUACAGCUAGUUGGCUUUGAGUGUCAACUUUGUUUCAUAUUCUUUGUACUAUUGCACACUAAUCACUGGAUGAUAUAUCACACUUAUGUAUGGGUGUUAAAUGUGACGGAUGCUGCUCAAACUUGUCAAGAUUUAUUUUCUACCACCUCUUUUCAACUGUCUCCCAUUUUAAAUUUGGCAUCCUUUGUUCACUUCACUGACAUUUUUCAAAAAUAUUGGAGAGAAAACAUGUUCUGUGAAGAGAUUAAUUCCAUUCCUGUUACUUUUUUUGUCCACAUUCCAUUUGAUAAAGUAAUACGUGUCUCAACUGAAUGAAUGUAACUUGGCAUGUCUUUUUAAAAUGAAUAAAAAAUAUUGAAUAAAUAGUCAA